AUGGCCACUCAGAGGGUGACCAUCCAGCUGGUGGAGGAUGGAGAUGAGGAGGGCGUCCAGGGGCCCUCCUGCUUCCGGGGCCAGUGCUACCACGCAAUCCAGGACUGCUGCCUGCAGGCGGGGGCCCUCUUCCUGGACCCCUGCUUCCCCGCCGGGCCCGCUGCCCUGGGUUAUGACCAGCUGGGGACCGACUCGGAGAAGGCCAAGGGGGUGGAAUGGCUGAGACCCCACGAGUUCUGCGAGAACCCCCAGUUCAUCUGUGAGAACAUGGACAGGACGGACGUGUGCCAGGGCAGUCUGGGCAACUGCUGGUUCCUGGCCGCGGCCGCCUCCCUCACCCUGUACCCGCGCCUCCUCCGUCGGGUGGUGCCCCCCGGGCAGAGCUUCCAGUGGGGGUACGCGGGAGUCUUCCACUUCCAGCUCUGGCAGUUUGGCCACUGGGUGGAUGUGGUGGUGGAUGACCGGCUGCCCGUGCGGGACGGGAAGCUGCUUUUCGUUCGCUCGGCGCAGAGGGCCGAGUUCUGGGCCUCGCUGCUUGAGAAGGCCUACGCCAAGCUCCACGGCUCCUAUGAGGUGAUGCGGGGCGGCCACAUGAACGAGGCCUUCGUGGACUUCACGGGGGGCGUGGGGGAGGUCCUGUACCUGCAGCCCAACACGCCUGGCCUCUUCUCGGCUCUCCGGCACGCCCUGGCCAAGGAGUCCCUCGUGGGGGCCACCGCCCUGAGUGACCGCGGCGAGUACAAGACGGAGGACGGGCUGGUCCGAGGUCACGCUUACUCCGUCACCGGGACCCACAAGAUAACUCUGGGAUUCACCAAAGUCCGGCUCCUCCGGCUUCGCAACCCCUGGGGUCACGUGGAAUGGAGCGGGGCGUGGAGCGACGGCUGCCCCCGCUGGGCCGCCCUCCCUGACGAAUGGCGGGAGGCCCUGCUCGUGAAGAAGGACGAUGGAGAAUUCUGGAUGGAGCUGGAUGACUUCCUGCAACAUUUUAACACAGUCCAGAUCUGCUGCCUGAGCCCCGAGGUGCUGGGUCCUCAGCCCAAGGGGGGUGGCUGGCACGUCCACACCUUCCAGGGCCGAUGGGUUCGAGGCUUCAAUGCUGGCGGGGGCCAGCCAGGCAAUGAGACCUUUUGGACAAACCCCCAGUUCCAGCUGACACUGCAGGACCCCGACGAGGAAGAAACGGAGGACGAUGAGGGGGGUCCGUGGGGCGGCUGGGGGGCCGGAGGGGCCCGCCCUGGAAGGGGGGGCCGGCGCCCCAAGUGCACCGUGCUCCUCUCCCUGAUCCAGAGGAAUCGGAGGCGGCUCCGCGCCCGGGGUGUCACCUACCUCACUGUUGGCUUCCACGUUUUCAGGAUUCCUGAAGAGCUUCUGGGCCUGCAGGACUCCCCCCGGCGCCGGGAGCUCCUGGCUGGCCUGCUCCGGGCUGACCGGUCCCCGUUCAGUAUCCGCCGCGACGUUAGCCGUCGCUGCCGCCUGGCACCGGGCCAUUAUUUGAUCGUGCCCAGCACUGCUCACGUGGGCGAGGAGUCCGACUUCACCUUCCGCAUCUACACAGAAUGCCAGCACACAGCCAGGGAGAUCGACAACGCCGUCAGCGCCGACCUCCAGGUCCUCACGACCCCCUCGGCGCCCCUGGAGUUUGAACUGGAGCAGCUGUUUCAGGAACUGGCUGGAGAGGAAGAAGCCAUCAGUACCGCCCAACUGCAGGCCUUACUGAGCUUAGCUCUAGAGCCUGGGGACUGGGGCAGCUCUUGGACUCACCCGCCUGGAGAAAUCGGGUUCCGGACCUGCGAGCAGCUGAUCCACUGUUUUGGACAAAGAGGCCACUGCCUGACACUGUCAGAGUUUCAGCAGCUCUGGUAUCGCCUCCAGGGCUGGCAGGCCACGUUCAACAAGUUUGAUGCUGACAAAUCCGGGACCAUGAAUUCACACGAGCUGAGGCUGGCCCUCAAUACAGCAGGCUUCCAGCUCAACAACCAGCUGACCCAGCUCUUAACCAGCCGCUACCGUGACAGUCGCCUGCGGGUCGACUUGGACCGCUUCGUGUCUUGUGUGACUCAGCUCACCUGCCUCUUCCGUCACUGCAGCCAGUGCCUCAGUGAAGGAGAAGGGCUCGUCUACAUGACUAAGAGACAGUGGAUGGAGCUGGCCACCUUUUCCUAG